UUUGGACCGGACGCAGUGGGCGGGCGGGAACGUGAAGUCUCCGCGGUGCCUGAUGGGGCUGUUGGGAGCCGGAGACUUGUAGCCAGCCGGCGAACAGUCUUUACAGCUGCUACCGUCUCUGCCGCCUCAUGGCGGCCAUCGGAGUUCACCUGGGUUGCACAUCAGCCUGUGUGGCCGUCUAUAAGGAUGGCCGGGCUGAUGUUGUUGCAAAUGAUGCAGGAGACAGAGUUACUCCAGCUGUUGUUGCUUACUCAGAAAAUGAAGAGGUUGUUGGAUUGGCAGCAAAGCAAAGUAGAAUAAGAAAUAUUUCAAAUACAGUAAUGAAAGUAAAGCAGAUUCUUGGCAGAAGCUCUGAUGACCCACAGGCUCAGAAAUACAUCACAGAAAGUAGAUGUUUAGUCAUUGAAAAAAAUGGGAAAUUACGAUAUAAAAUAGAUACUGGAGAGGAAACCAAAUUUGUUAAUCCAGAAGAUGUUGCCAGACUGAUAUUUAGUAAAAUGAAAGAAACAGCACAUUCUGUCUUGGGCUCAGAUGCAAAUGAUGUGGUCAUUACUGUUCCAUUCGAUUUUGGAGAAAAGCAAAAAAAUGCUCUUGGGGAAGCAGCCAGAGCCGCUGGCUUUAAUGUUUUGCGGUUAAUCCAUGAACCAUCUGCAGCUCUCCUGGCUUAUGGAAUUGGACAAGACUCCCCCACUGGAAAAAGCAAUAUUUUGGUGUUCAAACUAGGAGGAACAUCAUUAUCUGUCAGUGUCAUGGAAGUUAACAGUGGAAUAUAUCGCGUUCUUUCAACAAACACUGAUUAUAACAUUGGAGGUACACAUUUUACAGAAACCUUAGCACAGCACCUAGCUUCUGAGUUUCAGAGGUCCUUCAAACAUGAUAUCAGAGGAAAUGCCCGAGCCAUGGUGAAAUUGAUGAACAGUGCUGACAUUGCAAAACAUUCUUUAUCCACCUUGGGAAGUGCCAAUUGUUUCCUUGAUUCAUUAUACGAAGGUCAAGAUUUUGACUGCACUGUGUCCAGAGCAAGAUUUGAACUUCUCUGUUCUCCACUUUUUAAUAAAUGUAUAGAAGCAAUCAGAGCACUCUUACAACAAAGUGGAUUUACAGCUGAUGAUAUCAACAAGGUUGUCCUUUGUGGAGGGUCUUCUCGAAUUCCAAGGCUACAGCAACUGAUUAAAGAUCUUUUCCCAGCGGUCGAGCUUCUAAAUUCUAUCCUUCCUGAUGAGGUUAUCCCUAUUGGUGCAGCUAUAGAAGCAGGAAUACUUAUUGGGAAAGAAAACCUUUUAGUGGAAGACUCUCUGAAGAUAGAGUGUUCAGCCAAAGAUAUCUUAGUUAAGGGAGUUGAUGAAUCAGGAGCCAACAGUUUUACAGUACUGUUUCCAUCAGGGACUCCUUUGCCAGCUCGAAGACAACACACAUUACAAGCCCCUGGAAGUAUAUCUUCAGUGUGCCUUGAACUGUAUGAGUCUGAGGGGAAAAACUCUGCAAAGGAGGAAAACAAGUUUGCACAGGUUAUACUCCAGGAUUUAAAUAAAAAAGAAAAUGGAUUACAUGACAUAUUAGCUGUUCUCACUAUGAAAAGGGACGGAUCUUUACAUGUGACGUGCACAGAUCAAGAGACUGGAAAAUGUGAAGCGGUCACUAUUGAGGUGGCAUCUUAGUGUUUUAAAACAACAUGAUUUUUUUUAGAACUAAAAUGUCAACAUUAUUUGGUUUUGUUUGUAAGUGAUGUUUAUAUUAAAAAAUACUUUUGGAUGAACUGUAUGUAUCAUCUAUGUUUCUAUUAAACUACAAUAUAUUGAUAAAUG